ACCAACAGCAGGAGUAGCAGCAGCAGCAGCAGCAGCAGCAGCAGCAGCAGAAGGCGUGAGGCUACAGUCAGGCAGUCAGACUGUGAGGCUCAACAGCGGAGAAGCUACUGCAGAUUCCUCCCACCUCCCCCACAGCCAGGAGUAGAGCACAGCACAGCACAGCAGAGCACAGCUCAGCUCAGCUCACCACGAGACAGGAGGAGCACCAUCUAUUCCAUCCUCUACCCUCAGCACUUUUCUUUUGCCUCUCUCGGCAGGCACACCCCACUCCCUCCGCGAGCCCGGGAACAGUCACAAAAUAAGGAGGGAGAAGCUGACAAGAGGAAGACACAGUGACGAGACGCUUGGGGACGGACAGAGACAGGUGCUGCGAGACUGGAGAGAAGAGGAGAGACAAGAGAGCAGAGAGAAGAGAAGAGAGGGGAAGAGUGCACGAGAGUGCUGAGAACAGACCGGAGAGAAGAGAAGAGAAGAGAAGAGAGGGGAAGAGUGCAAGACAACGAAGCGGCGCUUUGGACUGAGCCAGCGACUGUCGAGCACUAGAGGGCUGAGUGAAGGCUGAGUGGAAUUCCAAAACAGCUGUCCGGCAGACGUCCUCUGAAGGGGAGCACCCUCAGGCAGAGAGCAAGCAAACGAGCGAGAGAGAGAGAGAGAGAGAGAGAGAGAGAGAGAGAGAGAGAGGGAUAGACAGAGAGAGCAAGCAAGAGAGAGGGGAGGGGGGCUGCGACACCCGGUCUCCCACUUCAUUCCUGAGCCGGCGAGCGUUCUAGGCGAGGAAGAGGACAAGGCUGGCUGUGCUGGACAGAGCUGACAGCGGGAGCAGGAGAGCCACCUCUCUGACAUAUACGCACGAGAGACACGGAGACACGGAGACACGGACACACACAGUGGGUGGGGGUCGUCUUUGAGGAGACUUCCGACGGCUGCCAAACUCACCCCGACAGACAGACUGAUCACAAAGCUGGGCUUGAGCUGAGCUGCAGAGAGAGAGAGAGAGCGGUCGACGAAAGGGCCAACACAGAGGAAAGGCUCAGAGAGCGCGUCUGAGAAUGUGAACUUCCUGCAUCUCUCUUCAGAGAGAUUUCCGCAGUGAGCACCUGAACGUACACAACUCGGAUUCAGAAUUUGAAUCGGAAUUGGAGUGGGAGUAGUCGUCUUCCAGAGUACCAAAGAGUUCUCUGUGUUCCUUCCUUCCUGAGUUUUCACUGACAAUAAAAAAAGAACGGAGUAGGAGAAACAACCACCACAAUGCCGGCGAAGACACCCAUCUAUCUCAAGCCCAACCACCAAAGCAAGCGGGGAAAGAAGUGUCGCCUGCGAGACAUCCUGUCCCCGGACAUGAUCAGCCCUCCCCUGGGCGACUUCCGCCACACCAUCCACAUCGGCAAAGGCGGUAUGAGGGACACUUUCGGGGACAUGUCCUUCCUGCAGGGCAACUUCGAGCUGCUGCCGGGGAAAAAGGGGGACACUUGUCGCCCGUAUCAGUAUGGCUUGUCCAACAGCGGUAGUGGACAGCACAGUGAGUUCUUGCGGGCGAACAGCGCUUCGGACGCCUCGUUUGCGGAGACCCCAUCGCCCGUGCUGAAGAACGCCAUAUCGCUGCCCACCAUCGGCAGUGGGCAGGCCAUCACGUUGCCACACCUCUGCUCCGCUGUCUUCCCCGUGACCUCUGACCCCAUGCUGGAUGACGACCCUCUGGAGGGGCUCACCGACUCCACCAUCACCACGACAACAAUUGCGACAACAACAUCCAGCCUGGAGGAUGGAACGGACGAAGAGGAGGGGGAUGUGGACGUGGUGGCCAUGGACAGAAACGGCAACAAUGGCGACCUGGAGAUCCUGCAGAUCGACUCACUCCUGCAGUCCAUCACCAUCUUCGGGCACGAGCCGAGCCCCCCGCCGCCACUGCCGACGCCAUCGCCAGGCAACCAUCACUAUGGUGACUACCAGGAGAGGCCGGCCCUCACCAUCAACCUGGUGGAGACGCCCGAGAAGCAAUCGCAGCCCGUGUCGAUGAAGAAGAAGAUCACGCCGAAGAUCGGCAAGAUCCUGAGCUUCGAUAACAGCUUCGAGAAGAAGCAGCAACAGCAGCAGCAGCAGCAGCAGCAGCAGCAGCAGCCACAGACAUCGUUCUACAUCAACAGCAAUGGUGUCAACAACCAUAGCAACAGCAACAGCAUCUACAAUGGAAACGGCAACUGCAACAUCAGCACCACCAACGGCUUCACCAACGGCUUCAAUGGCAGCCUCUACAGCGGAGACAGCAUCACCAUUGGCGACGAGAAGGACAGCAGCAACGGCAGCUGGGCGGACAGAGACAGCGGCGUGGAGGAAGGUCGCAUGUGUGACUUUGACUUUGAGCUGAGCAAGGAGAAGAGCGUCUCGCAGGAGUCCCUGAGUCAGAUCACUGGCUCCAUGCUCUCCCUAGAGCUGGACUUGGGGCCCUCCAUCUUGGACGAGGUGCUGAAUAUCAUGGACAAGCCCCAGCCAGGGAUCAAGGUGUAACUUAAACCUUCAGGGAGGGACUAAACUAAAUAUAUAGUGCUCGAGAGAGGAAAGGGAAUUACAUGGACUUUGGUCACAGUUGGGACAGUCAAGAGUCAAGAUGGUUUGUCAGAAGUUGGAGACAGAAGAUGGAAAAAAGUUAUGGCAUACGGAUGUUUCGAGAAAAAGCGUGACCUACGGAUGUUUUGACUUUUUGAGUGAAAAUGAACUUUUUCUUAAAGAAAUGAAAACCCACUAGGAUGGGGACAAGACAUUUUGUGUUGUUUUUAUGAUAAUUAUUAUUAUUAUUAUUAUUUUCAGAGUUUUUAAUCUUCAUCCUUAAGCUUUUAAUAGAGUGCUGUUUGAAGGUUAUUUUUUCACUCGUUUGGAUGUUUUCCUCAUGUGCUUCUGAGAGGAGGUAUUCUUGCAUGAUUGCAUUUCACAAAGGUAGCAGCAACCCAGCCAUCGUGCCUUUUUAUGUUGAGAUCAAAUUAAGUGCAAAAAGUUGUUUUUCUGUGUGCUUAGAAACAAUCCUGACAUUAGACGUAGACUUAAAAGUUAGAAGAAAGUCCGACCAGUGUGUGUGUGGACACAGUUUCUGCUUUGAUGCACAAAUACAAUAAUAUAAAUAUAACACUAUGAUAAUAUUUCUUUUUUGAGAUAUACAUAUGUGUGACUUGCUUCUUCCUGAAAUCUGUCAUCAAUGUUAUUUUCAUGUAUAUAUUUAUACUGUUUCAUUAACAGUGCUACAGGAGUGUUGAGUAUGCCUAUCCUAUUCUGUGCAGCAAA